GAGCGGUGACAACAAUGGUUGAGCGUGCGGGCGGAUGGUUGGGUACUUAAAGUCUUCCUUUCCUUGCCCUUGCCCCAUGACUGACCAAUCAAAUAUCCCGUUAGCCGCCGUGCUCAGCCCCGUGCCAAACCUGCGCACCUUGCUUAUCCAACGGAGUCGCAGCCCAACAGUCGCCUCGGACUCACGAAAAUCGCGACUACAGCGCCACCACAACACUCAUCAUGCCUCGGGAAGAAGGAGUUCUCUAUGAAAUAUGCCAAGUUCUCUGUCUGUCGUCUGACGGCUAUGAACCCGUCACCUGCCAGAAGAGAGGGGACUUUGCCGAUACUGCCCAACGAAUCCGGACUAGGUUUGACCACAUCAGAGCAGUACGCAGCAACAACAGCGAGUUGCUCCGCGCUGUCAACACGCUCUACCGAUGGCUGUUUGCCAAUGAAACUUUUCACUCCGAUCGAUUUUCGUCAGCGUUGAAACGGAGUCGUCAAUGUGAUUGGGUCUGUUGCGAAGGGCCAGACUCGGAUCAGAACACGACUGCGGGACGUCGUGCUGCUGCACAGGCAUGGAGUGUGAGCGAAGGGUGUUUGGUGACAUUCUUUGGAAACGAUAUCAGCGGAAACACUUGGAGAGAAAUUAGUGCUUUCGCGCGCAAGGCUCGAAACUGGGAGCGCGCUCAAGUCGCGCUAUUCGCUGCGCGGGAUAAGAGGCUGAGGGAGAGCAAGGUGAACAAACGGCUCUCACAAAAGAAGAGCUGGACGCCUUAUGAUCAGACUACGGCUGUUGGUAUUCCUAUCACAGGGAUGGUUCGAACCGUGGGUGACGAAGAGGUCAAAAUCUAUAUAUAUUUAACUUCUGCGUAAGGUGUAAAAAGGAGGUUCUAACCGGAGGUUGGGUAGACCGUAGAUCUCGUAAGUAUGGUCUGUAAGUGGCCCCUGCGCGGGCCCCUUGCCUCGAGGUCGAAUUGGACUUCCAAUCCGACA